AUGUCACCCCCACCAAUCAAGCACAAAGCCUUGCUCAAUGUCGAUUUAGGAGAAGCUUAUGGAAACUAUGUGUGUGGACCAGAUCUUGAGCUGUUGCCAUUGAUCGAUCACGCAAAUAUUGCAUGUGGUUUCCAUGCAGGCGAUCCCUUGAUCAUGCAGGAGACCGUCAGAAACUGCAAAAAGCACAAUAUCAAAGUGGGUGCUCAUCCUGGACUUCCCGAUAUUCAAGGAUUUGGUCGGCGUGAGAUCAAAAUGUCCCCGGAAGAAUUGACUGCAAUGACUAUUUAUCAAGUCGGAGCCUUGAAAGGAUUUCUUGACGCUGAGGGCGUCCCCUUACACCACGUAAAGCCCCACGGUGUACUGUAUGGCAUGAUGUGUCGAGACUAUGAGAUCGCGAAGGCGGUAAUGCAGGGGAUUCCCAAGGGUAUUCCGGUGUUUGGCCUGGCUGGCACGAACAUGGAGAAAGCCGCGAAUGAUUUGGGCAUGACUUUCUGGGCUGAGCUUUACGGCGAUGUAAAGUACAGUAAUGACGGUAUGCUGGUGAUCGACCGCAAGAAGAAACCUUGGAAGACGGAGGACGUGAGGAACCAUGUCAGCCAACAGCUCAAUACUCAGUCUGUAACAGCAACGGACGGCAGUGUUGUGCAACUUCCUGUCAAGGAGUACCCCAUCUCUAUCUGCUGCCACUCUGAUUCACCGGGUUGCCUGGAGAUCAUCAAGACUACGAAGGAAGUGAUUGAUAGAUUCAACAAAGAGCAUGCAAGGUGA